AUGGGGCUGUUUGACAAGUUGGCAGGAUGGCUGGGCUUCAAGAAAGAGGUGAACGUGCUCUGUCUUGGCCUCGACAACAGUGGGAAAACCACUAUCAUCAACAAACUCAAGCCGUCCAAUGCUCAGACACAGGACAUCGUCCCAACUAUUGGUUUCAGCAUAGAGAAGUUCAAGACAUCCAGUCUUUCUUUCACAGUGUUUGACAUGUCAGGCCAAGGAAGAUACAGAAACCUGUGGGAGCACUAUUACAAGGAGGGCCAGGCUGUUAUAUUUGUCGUUGAUAGUGCGGAUAAACUAAGGAUGGUUGUGGCCAAAGAAGAACUGGAGACGUUAUUAAAUCACCCCGAUAUUAAACAUAGGCGAAUUCCCAUCCUGUUCUUGGCUAACAAGAUGGAUGUCAGAGAUGCUCUGUCUUCAGUUAAAGUCUCACAGAUGCUCUGCUUGGACAAUAUUAAGGACAAACCUUGGCACAUCUGUGCUACUGAUGCGCUAAAAGGAGAUGGUUUACAGGAGGGAGUGGAAUGGUUACAAGAUCAAAUCAAAUCGAUGAGAACGUGA